GGAGCGGGGCAUCGGGAUGUGGCGCGGUGCGGCCGUGAGGACGCUGCGGGUCUGCGGGGCCGGGACCCCCCGGUCCUCAUCGGGAGCGGCUUCGGCUCAGCUCCGCCGGCUGCUGGAGAACGAGCUGGAGGAUAUCCGAGGCGCCGGCACUUGGAAGAGUGAGCGGGUGAUCGCCUCCCGACAAGGCCCCCACCUCCGCUUGACGGGCGGAGGAGGCGGGAUCCUCAACUUCUGUGCCAAUAACUACCUGGGGCUCUCCAGCCACCCCGAGGUGAUCCGCGCUGCAGUGGAGGCCUUGGAGGAGUUCGGCGCUGGGCUCAGCUCUGUCCGCUUCAUCUGUGGUACCCAGAGCAUACACAAGGACCUGGAGGAGAAGCUUGCACGUUUUCACCAGCGGGAAGAUGCCAUUCUCUAUCCCAGCUGCUUUGAUGCCAACGCUGGCAUCUUUGAGGCCCUGCUGACCCCAGAGGAUGCAGUGCUGUCAGAUGAGCUGAACCAUGCCUCCAUCAUUGACGGGAUCCGCCUGUGCAAGGCUAACAAGUACCGCUACAAGCAUAUGGACAUGCAGGACCUGGAAGCCAAGCUGCAGGACGCGCAGAAACAUCGUCUGCGGCUGGUGGCCACUGAUGGUGCCUUCUCCAUGGAUGGUGACAUUGCACCCCUGAGGGAGAUCUGCCAGCUGGCCCAGAAGUACGAUGCCCUGGUCUUCAUUGAUGAAUGCCAUGCCACAGGCUUCCUGGGACCCAAUGGCCGGGGUACUGAUGAGCUCCUGGGAGUGAUGGACAAAGUCACCAUCAUCAAUUCCACCCUGGGAAAAGCUCUUGGAGGAGCUGCAGGCGGGUACACAACUGGCCCCAAACCCCUCAUUGAUUUGCUCCGACAACGUUCCCGCCCAUACCUCUUCUCCAACAGCCUGCCCCCCGCCGUGGUGGGCUGUGCAUCCAAGGCCCUGGACCUGCUCAUGGAGAGCAAUGCCAUUGCACAGUCCAUGGCUGCCAAGACCCAACGGUUCAGAAGUAAGAUGACAGCAGCUGGCUUCACCAUCUCAGGGAAAGACCACCCCAUCUGUCCUGUCAUGCUUGGGGACGCUCGGCUGGCUGCAGUGAUGGCUGAGGACAUGCUGAACAGAGGCAUUUAUGUCAUUGGCUUCAGCUACCCUGUGGUCCCCAAGGGAAAGGCCCGUAUCCGGGUCCAGAUCUCGGCUGUACACAGCGAUGAGGAUAUCGACCACUGUGUGGAAGCCUUCACCGAGGUGGGACGGAAACAUGGAGCGAUACCUUGAGGGGCCAGCGAACACCUGCUGCGGUGCUGUCCUUGCCCAUGACCAAGUGCCUGUGCCAGGGGAAAAGGCUUGAGGAGCAUGCUGCCAAAAGCAGGACCAAUCCUCAAGGCAUCACAGCCCGCGGGAAGCUGUGGCUGUUGCAGUGUGUGGCUCUGGCAGCCAGCUCUUGCAUCAUUAAAGGUGUCGUGCAGUGCAGCGGA